CUACGGUUAGCCCUUCGUUCUAAAAACCGCCAUGGCCGCCAUGGAUCAAGCCGAAGAAGCAGCUGAGAAAGCGCUUUUCGAGCUGGAGGAGCUCAAGCUGCGCCUCGCCGCCGGCCGUUGCCGCGACGCCGCGACCGCGGCACGAAGCGCGGCCGCGCUUCGGGGGGAGGCCGCGGCUUUCGACGAAGCGCCGGAGGAAGCUGUGGAGGUGCUACGGCGCCGGGUACUGGAGCUCGAAACGGCGCUGCAACUCGCCACCCUGCGUGGGGCUGAAAGUGACCGGGUGCCGAAGGUGUCGGGUCCGAGCCCCGCGGCUCUUGCGGCGUCCGCGGCGUCCGCCGCGGCGGCCGCCGAGUCGCGGCGGACGGUGAAGCUGGAGCCCGGUGCAGCGGUCUUUGACUACUUGACCGAAAAGUUGGAUGAAAGCCUGGAAGACCGGCGACGCUUCUUCGAGCGCUAUUUGGUGGUGCGCGAGUUGGCGCUGGCCCGAUCCCAGAAGGAGCCCAAUCUCCCAGUGCUGUCAGAUGCUUCGAGGUCCUUGCGGGAUGGGCGAGCGCCCCCGCAGCAGGUGCUGGCAGAACUGGAAAAGGUUUGGCUCCCCAGCGACCAGGCGCUCCUGGAGGCGCGCGUGUGGCGCGCUCGGGGCCGCCACCGGCGGCUCUUCAUGGAGCUCCGCGAGACGGAGCUGCAAGCGGAGGAGCUUCUGAAGCACUGCGAGCACAGCCGCCGCUUCGACGCGAGUCGCUUGGAGCUCCUCCGGACCUUGGCCGCGCACGAGGACGCAGGCAUGCUGGCGGAACGGAGCUGCGAAAAGAGACGCAUGGCAGGGCCAGGAAUUAGGGCGGGACUUGGUGCACAGGAUAACCAAGCGAAUUCCUCCAGGUUUCAAUGGCUUUGUCCUAAGAUACAUGUGCGGCAGUAGAGUUGAAAGAGGCCACCUCCUUCAUAGUGUUUGGUCUCAGAACUUUUCCUC